AUGAGUUUCCUCGACUCCAUCCUCUCGUCCAUCCAGACGGACAAACCGUCCUCGGCGUCACUGUCACAGCCGCCCGCACCCCCGGCACCUUCCUCCACCGCGAAGAACAAUGAGCGUAAAUUAGCACCAACGGCAUCCCGAGACAUCCCAGUGCGUGGAAAUGUUGAUACUGGAACAAAACGCAAGGCCGAAGAACAGCUACCUCGUCCGACGAAGCCCAGCAGCCAAGCGCCCAGCAGACCAACUGCACCACGGCCCACCGUUUCGCCUGCAGCUUCGAAGUCUGUGCCCAACCCCAUAUCGAAGCCUGCAGCUGCUUCUCAGGCCCCCAAGCCGGCUGCAUCGAGAAAUGGCGCGUCUGCCAUCGCGAAGACGGCACCGGCCAAACCCGCACCAGCCAAGCCCGCACCAGCCCGACCCGCGCCGGUGAAAGCCAUUCCUGCUGCUCCAUCGAAGGUACCACCAAAGGGAUCCUUUGCAGAUAUCAUGGCCCAGGCGAAAACACUACAACAGAAAGCGCCGACGCAAGCGGGCAUGUUCCGGCAUCAAGCAGUUCCCAAAGAACGCCUGAGCAAAUUGGAGCGGAAGAAGCGGAUCAUGGAGGCGCAGGCGAAAGAGAAAGAACAAGCGCGACUGGUCAAGAAAGGCGUCCCGAUUGCUGCCAAGGGCAAAGCAGACGGAAAGAGAGCCGAGCGGGAGGAGGUUUCCUACAAGGGCACUGCCAAACAGUCACGGCUUCCUGAACCACCUACGUAUCGCGGAACAGCAGGCAUGUCUGUCGCUCGCGGUGCACAUGAUCGCAAGCGAUAUGGCCGACGAUCCCGGGCGGAUGAAUACCUAGGCACGGACGAAGAAGAUGAAGGAGACUACGGGGGUUAUGAAGACGAAUGGUCGGAUGCAUCUUCUGAUAUGGAAGCCGGUUUAAACGAUGUGGAGCAAGAAGAGGCGGCGGCGCUAAGGAGCGCCAGACGUGAAGAUGAAGAAGAGCAGCGGGCGGAGCAGGAGGCCAAGAAGGCGAAGCUGGAGCGCCAGAAGAAGCUGGCUGCGCUGGUCCGGAAUAAACGGUGA